GACACACUGAGAAAUGCGAUUAUACUGCCUCAGUUUAACACUGGCGAGCGGACGGAUUGCGCACUAUGUGACCCUCCUCGUAGAGAAAGCUUAUUCUACAAGGUGAUCAUUAAAGGCGAUGCCUCUGUAUCUCUAAGCGAAAUAGAGCAGCCAUUGUUAUUGCUGGGACUGAACUGAGGUUUUCAGCAGGAUGUGGGUUGCCCUGACAGAACCCACACUGGGCCGAGGACGCGUUCAGAACGGACUGCAGUUCUGCCUCCAGCAGCAGGUGAAUGGCCAGGUGCGCCUUCACGUGUGACAUCGUCUGACCGCGGGCCGUUUUAACGCGAUACGCGUGACUGUUUUUAACAAGUGUACUGAUUCGCUUCUCUACUUGAAUUCAAAGAAGAGACCGCUCAAUGCGUCACUGGACCAUGAAGCACCAUCAUCAGUUGUUCAGGUGUUUUUGGCGAACUCUCGUCACUGUUCUUCUGUUUGAAGGCACCCCGCUCGUGAUGUUCAGGGGGACCCUAACUCUGACCCUAAACAGGGAUGACGGCAGCUUCACACGGAUAACUCACUCCUUUCACAAUGUCACAAGUCAUAGAAGAGAACUGAAGCCUCUGGCAAAGACAAGGCCAUUUGCUUUUGUUAAUGGACUUAGGAGAAGCCUGAGUGAUGUUUUACAGAAUGGUCACCCUGACAGAUUGCUGUGUGGUUUACAAGUGGGAAGCAGCUUGUAUGUCUUGGAACUGGAGAAAAACCAAGAUCUUUUGCCAAAGCCGCCUAACGUGUUCUACUAUCUGCCAAAUGGAACUGGGGUAUCCAUGAAGGAGAACCUAGUGACGCAUUGUUACUAUCAUGGUUCAGUGCAAGGUUACCCUCAGUCCCGUGUGGUACUCAGCUCCUGCUCUGGGUUAUGGGGAGUGAUAGUCAUUAACGCCACACUGAGCUUUGAGCUGCAUCCUGAGGAAGAAAAGCAUGAAAAAGAAGAGGAAGGGAGUGGAGAAAUGGAAGAAGGAUGGAUGCAUGUGAUCUACCCGACACAUCCGCAAACAUCCGAGUCUAGAGAUUGUGGAGUGUCACAUACCUCUAUUCCUCCCAUUCAGAUCACCCCACACACACACAGGAGUAAGAGAGACAUUCUCUCAGAGAUCAAAUAUAUUGAGCUGGUGCUGGUGGCGGAUCAUAAAGAGUAUCUGAAUUAUCAGAAGAAUAAUAAAACCAUAAUCUACCGCAUGUUGGAUGUGGCAAACCAAGUAGACUGGUUCUACCGGCCGCUGAAUGUACGUGUGGCUCUGCUGGGUUUGGAGAUCUGGAGUGACCAGGACAAAAUUAAAGUGGAUAAAAAUCCCACUGAAACUCUAAACCGCUUCCUGGAUUGGAGGACCAGGGAGCUUCUACCACGACUACGGCAUGACAAUGCACAGCUCAUCAUGGGUGAAUCAUUUGAUGGGACGACAGUCGGCAUGGCAUCUCAGUCCUCCAUGUGCUCAAAGGAUCGGUCAGGAGGAGUGAAUGUGGAUCACCUGGUGAGCGUGUUAGGUGUGGCGUCAACGGUGGCACAUGAGUUGGGUCACAACCUGGGAAUGAGUCACGAUACAGCCGACAGGCGCUGCCAGUGCCAGAACGAGCCUCGGCUUGGGGGCUGCAUCAUGGAGCCCUCCACUGGGUUUAUGCCCGGUCAGCUCUUCAGCAGGUGCAGUGAACGGGAUCUCUCUCUCAGUCUACUGCAUGGUGGUGGAAUGUGUCUGUUUAACAUGCCUCAGCCGGAGAGUCUUCUGGGAGGUCCACGCUGUGGAAACCUGUACGUGGAGAAAGGAGAGGAGUGUGACUGCGGCCUGCUGGAUGAAUGUACUGACCCUUGCUGCAAUGCCAGCACGUGUAAACUGGUUCCUGGGGCCCAGUGCUCUUCUGAUGGCAUCUGCUGUGAGAACUGCAAGCUGCGUGUGGCCGGGUCGGUUUGUCGGGAGCCGUUGGGAGAUUGUGAUUUGCCGGAGUACUGCACUGGCACUUCGCCCUACUGUCCUCCUAAUGUGUUUCUGCAGAACGGAGAGUCAUGCAAGGACGGGUCCUCGUACUGCUACAGCGGCGUGUGUGCCAGUCUGGACGAGCAGUGCCAAAUGCUCUGGGGACCGAACUCCACCCAUGCUCCACCGAUCUGCUUCUCCUCUGUGAAUAAGCAGGGUAAUAAAUACGGAAACUGUGGCCAGAUGCCCAACGGUUCCUACAUCCCCUGUUUGAAAUGGGAUGUGCACUGUGGUAGGAUCCAGUGUCAGGGUGGAAAUGAGCGUCCUCUGCUGGGCUCCAACGUUGAGAUUCUGACCACAAUGGUCAAACUGAACCAGAGUGACUUUACCUGCCGGGGUGCCUAUUUUAAUCUGGGUGAUGAUGUUUCAGACCCAGCCAUGGUGUCACAGGGGACGGCCUGUGGCCCCAACAAGGCAUGUGUAGACCAAAAGUGCCGGGACGUGUCCAUGUUUGGUGUUGAGGAAUGCCGCAGGAAGUGCACUGGCCACGGGGUAUGUAACAGUAAUAAGAACUGUCACUGUGAUGAAGGCUGGGCUCCUCCUGACUGCAGAUACUCUGGAACCGGUGGCAGUGUGGACAGCGGCCCUGCACGAGAGCCCAGAGAUUCAGAUCCUGCGCGGGUGGCUCUGCUGGUCAUUUUCCUGUUUGUGUUACCGGUCUCGCUGCUGGUUGUCGCACUCCGCUUCCCCCGCUGUCGACGAGGCCUUGUGUACCUCGGCCACACCCCCUUCAACAAGAGCCGACAGAGCCGUUGGGUCUCGGUGGCCUAUAUUGAAUACUGUGUGAAAGAGGAAAACCGGAGGACUCCUGCCAUGGAGCUUGCAAAUGCUCGAAAUGGAGAUCAGGUACAACCUCUCAGGUACCAGUGGCCCCACCAGAGCGACAUCCCUCUCACCCAGGCUAUCAGCAAGGUCCAAAACAGGCCUGCUGCUCCAACUAAACCUCUUCCACCUGAUCCUGUCGUUAAACCCGCUCAGUUGGCGGGGCAUUGGCCCGCUCCUCCCACCAAACCCCUCCCUCCUGACCCCAUCCCCUCAGAGAGCAAGAUGCAGUGCAAGCCCACAGGAACACGACCGGCUGCACCAAGCAAGCCUCUCCCUCCUGACCCUGUCCUCUCUACCCGCCAGAACCCUGUUCCCCCCAAACCUCCAGUUCCCAAGAAACCACUGCCUAUGGAUCCUUCAUCCCACCCUCAUCCACCCCCACUGCUGGGACAUCCAGGACCAGCCACAUCUUCAUCAUCUCACUCACGUAACCCUGCAUCAGCUGCUGCUCCUGCCAGACCUGCCCCUCAUCCGCCUUUACGGAGACAGCAGUACCCUGGGAAACCCCACGCUCCUCACCAAGUAUAGUCAGGAAGGAAGCACUGGCCCAGCCGCAAAUUUAUGGACUACAC